AUGGUCGUGUUGGCAGCAUCGAUUUGUACGCGCAGCGGCAAGGCCAUCAUAUCACGGCAAUUCCGUGAGAUGACAAAGGAGAGGGUUACUGCGUUAUUGGCCGCGUUCCCUUCGUUGCUGGGCGAUUCUGCAAAGCACCAACACACUACUGUCGAGGACGAGCAUGUAAGAUACGUCUAUCAGCCUCUUGAAGAGCUUUAUGUGGUUCUGAUUACAAACCGUCAAUCCAAUAUCUUGCAAGACAUCGACACGCUUCACCUGUUCACCCAGACGAUCACCUCUUUGUCCAGGAGCAUUGAUGAGCGCGAGAUCUUUGACAAUUGCUUCGAGAUCUUGAGUGCUUUUGAUGAGAUAAUCAACUUGGGCUACAAGGAGAAUUUGACUACGGCACAGGUGUUGACCUUUUUGGAGAUGGACUCCCAUGAGGAGAAAAUCCAGGAAAUCAUCGAAAAGAACAAAGAGCUUGAAGCCACGGAAGAGCGUAAGCGUCGUGCCAAGGAAAUACAGCGCAAGGAACUUGCUCGGAAGAACAUGGAACAAUUUGGCUCCGGGUUCGGCGGCGCUGGCUAUGACAACGGUUCUGCUUACCUAAAUCAGGCGCAAACGCCGUCGUACACUCCUACUCCUUCAUUGCAACAACAUCAGCAAUACGCUGAACCAGCACCACAGAGAGUUGCUCCUCCAAGGGCCCAUGGUCUUCAACUUGGUAAGAAGCCCGCUAGACCUCUUGAUGGUGUCUCACAGCCUCUUUUGGUAGAGCCUUUGGCACAGCCCGUGAAACGCCAACAGCCCCAGGAACAAUCACCGGUAAAGGAGAAGACUCCUAACAACGGUAUAUUGAUCACGAUCAGUGAAAAGGUCUCGGCACAAAUCACCAGGGAGGGUGAAGUCAAACAGUCGGAAGUCAAGGGAGAUCUGCAACUGCGUAUAAACGAUGCUUCUUUGGCACAUUCGCAGAUUGUGCUUGAUUUCGCGAAGAAUCCUUCGACCCAGUACAAGACCCAUCCAUUUGUUGAUAAGAAUCUGUUUAACCGCGACAACAAGAUCGGCCUCAAGGAUGCUACCAAGCAGUUUCCUUCAAACGACCAGAGUCUGGGUGUUCUAAGAUGGAGACAGAUUUCCAGACAGGAAGACGACACCUCAUUGCUUCCGGUUACACUUUCGACCUGGGUCAACAACCACGAUGACGGGACCAUUGGAGUCACCGUCGAGUACGAGCUUCAUGAUGGGUUCCAGAAGGAGCAUUCCCUUGAUGAAGUGUAUCUGUUGGUGCCUAUCACCCAGGCAUCUCUCAACACUGAUGAAAAUGACAAUGUUCAAAUGACUUUUGUUGAAGAUGGUGUUCUCUUCAAGAUUUCGCACGUGGCCUCCAAGUUCCCAUCCGGGUCAUUCGAGUUUGUUGCACAGGCCGACGACGAUGAGGUGCUCUUCCCAAUGGAGUUGCGCUUUGAAUUAGAGAACAAUGUGGACAAUCUCAGCACCGUUGCGGUUGGCUCGAUUGUGAGUUUGGGUGAAGACACCGAAGGUGAGGAGCUGCCCUAUGAUCUGUACUACAACUUGUCUACCGAGGGUUACUACGUUGUUUGA